AGGUUCUUCGUUUACAGCGUGUCUGAACGGGAGCACGUCAUCAUGGAUAGAGAGGAUAGGAGGGAGAAUGAAGUGACUGUACUCACCUCCCAUUUACUGAACCCGAAGUUCAAUCUGGCCGAAUGGUAUUCACAAAAGGUUAGCGAGCUCCGGGGACUAGACCCCCAGAAAGUGAGAAAAUGGAGGCGGAAGGAACUGGGCACAAAAAUGCCCAUGGAGACGCCGUUAGCUGCUCGGGUAGAGCAGCUAUUG